AUGGCCAAUGAACCCAGUACGACUAAAGGGCACAUCACUGGGACACCGGACGUUCCGUCGAUCGCGCAAUCUCAAUCCCCUAGCAGCUCAGAGCCGAACGUCGUGGCCGCUGCCAACCAAGCAUACGCUUCUUACAACAGAACGUGGGAUGUGGCACAGCUGAAAACCGCCGUAGCACUAUUCCAACAAGCGGUGAACGAUGCCCCCGAACCAAAGGCGUAUCUGUUGGGCGAGCUAGGACACUGUCUACAUCUAUACCACUGGGCUCGAGGGGACCCUAAUGACCUCCAGCGAGCCAUUGCGGCGUUUCAAAGUGCCCUACAACUCGUUCCAGAAGGUCACCCCGAUAGGGCUUUGUGUCUCAGCAAUCUCAGCGCCUCAUUGCGAAGACGCUUUGGAUCCCUUGGCGCAAUCAACGAUCUUGAAAGUGCCAUCGAAAUGCAACGACGCGCAGUCACGCUUACUCCGAACGACCAUCCCGAACUUUCGAAUCGGCUCGCCAUCCUCGGCUCUUUGCAAAGUCUGCGUUUCCGACGCUUCGGAGAGCUGGAAGACAUAGAGAGCGCCAUUUCGAAUGAACAGCGUGCGAACGAGCUAACUCCUGAUGAUCAUCCCGGCAAAGCUACCCAGCUGAACAACCUCGCAUCGUCCUUGUGCACUCGCUUCGAGCGUCUCGACGACCCCGCCGAUCUCGAGCGUGCUAUCACGACGCAAUGCCGCGCGGUCAAUCUUACACCGAACGACCAUCCCGACUUUGCGAUUUUCCUCGACUGCCUCGGCACUUUGCAGAUGCUGCGUUUCAGACACUUCGGAGAGCUCGAAGACAUCGAGAGCGCCAUCUCGAGUCAACAGCGUGCGAACGAGCUGACUGCAGAUGAUUAUCCCAACAAAGCUAAAUGGCUGCACAACCUCGCAUCGUCCUUGCGCACUCGCUUCGAGCGUCUCGAUGACCCCGCCGACCUCGAGCGAGCUAUCAAGAUCCAGUCCCGCGCUGUCGAGCUCACUCCGGAUGACGAGCCCGACCUGCGAAGUCGGCUCGACGGCCUCGGCUCCUUGCAGUUGCUGCGUUUCGGACGCUUUCGAGAGCUCGAAGACCUCGAGAGCGCCAUUUCGAAUCGACAGCGUGCGUACGAGCUGACUGCAGAUGAUAAUCCCGACAAAGCUCUCCGACUGCAUAACCUCGCAUCGUCCUUGUGCACUCGCUUCGAGCAUCUCGACGAUCCAGCCGAUCUCGAGCGGGCUAUCAAAAUGCAACACCGCGUUGUCGAGCUUACUCCGAAGAGCUUACCUGACUUUCCGAUUAAACUUGCCAGCCUCGGCUCUUUGCAGUGGCUACGUUUCGAACGCUUUGGAGAGCUCGAAGAUCUUGAGAGCGCCAUUUCGAUUGCACGGCGUGCAAACGAGCUGACUGCAGAUGAUCAUCCCGACAAAGCUGUCAGGCUGCAUAAUCUGGCGCGCUGUCUGGUGGCCUACUUUCACCAAGAAAGGACGACGGAUCGUUUUGCUGAAGCUCUCUCUUGUUACAUGGCGGCAGCAUCCACUCCAUCUCUACGCUCGCCGGCCAAGCGCCUCGAAAUAGCUAUCAAUACUGUGAAGUUCCUCGAUGAUAAUCACAAGUACAGCACCAGCAAGAUGUUGUUACUUGCUCAUUCCCGGGCCAUCGAUGUUCUCUCUGAGUUCGUCUGGCUUGGACACAGCAUGAAACAUCGCCUAGAGGAGUCUCAGAAGCUUGGCAAAUUUGUCAAUUCUGCGGUGUGUGCUGCCGUCAGAGUCAAUGCUGCGAUACAAGCUGUCGAAUGGCUAGAAUCGGGUCGAACCCUCAUAUGGUCGCAGACGCUAUCACUGCGCAGCCCUCUUCACGAUCUCGAACAAGCUUACCCCGAUCUAGCACGUGCUCUCAGCGACGUUCAUGUCCAACUGCAGGAAUCGAUCUGUUUACCAUCCCAUCGUGAUGGCGUUUUAUUGAAUGAGCAGAGUAGUUCAAUGACGAGCGCAGGCCGUAGCCGUGCAGACAUCCAACGAGGCGUGGCCAUCGAGCAUGGGAAGCUACUCUUGAGCAUCCGCAAACUCGAAGGCUUCGAGGACUUCAUGCUUCCCAAGAAGCUUCCUGCAUUGCUUCCCGCAUCUGCACGUUUCGGCGGGCCUGUGGCCUUCAUCAACGCAGAUCAUGUGCGCUGCGAUGCCUUGAUCUUACUCACAGAUGGCACUGUCAAGGUCGUAGCAUUGCCGGAUAUCUCCUUGCAAAGGGCUACGGACCUGCGGUCACAGUGGCUGUUGUAUCUCGAGCUACACGAUGCUCGCGAGCGUGGUACAUUACGAGACACCCCGAGAGCAGAUCAUCAUUCCGAGGAACCAAUAUCACCUCGUCGUAUCCUCGGCCGCGUCUGGAGAUGGAUCGUACGCCCGAUACUAGAAGGGCUCGGUAUAUACGGGCCCAAAGCGCCCUCCGGUUUGCUCCCUCAUGUCAUCUGGUGUCCCACUGGACCGCUAACCCAGCUGCCACUUCACGCAGCGGGGGACUACGGAGAGUUCGGGCCACGCGUUUACGACUUCGUUGUCUCCUCAUACACUCCAUCGCUCUCCGCGCUCACGCGCAGCAUCGAUGCGGUCGCGAACGAGCGUGUUGCUCCGAGCGUACUCGUGGUGACGCAAGCGGACGUUCCCGGAUGCACACCGAUACCAGGAACUUUGGUCGAAGGCGAACGUGUACGAGAGGUUCUGGCGCAGUCUAAGUAUGACACCUCCCUCUUCACAGGGGAUGAAGUGUCAAAGGCUGCCGUACGCACCGCCUUGAACCAACACACGUGGUUGCAUCUUGCUUGUCAUGGCACCCAGAACGCGGAAGACCCUCUACAGAGCGCCUUUGCACUCUACGACGGUCCGCUCUCGCUCCUCGACCUCAUGAACACCAGGUCGGACAAUGCAGAGCUUGCGUUCUUAUCCGCGUGCCAGACCGCCGUCGGCGACGAGAAGAUGCCCGAGGAGUCGAUGCACCUCGCAGCGGGCAUGCUCGCGGUGGGAUACAAAGGCGUGGUCGCCACGAUGUGGUCGAUCGGAGACGAGGACGCGCCGGUCGUUGUUGAGGCGUACUAUCGGAAGCUGCUCGAGCUUCGCGCAUCGGGCACGCUCGGGAAGGGGGAGACGGGUGCGGCAUACGCCCUGCACGAGGCAACGAAGAUAUUGAGGGAAAAGGUCAAGGAUAAGAAGUUCGCGCGCUGGGCCCCAUUCGUGCAUUUCGGAAUAUAG